AUGGAUUACAAGUUUGCAAACCUGCUCGGAGCCCCAUAUCGCGGUGGAAACCUGAUCCUUCAUGGCACGGACCUUCUUUCAGCUGUUGGGAACCGCAUCUCAUCGGUGGACCUUACUGCGAGCACGAGCUCCACGCUCCCUUUCGAGGCCCUGAAGCAGAUCAGGACGCUGUGCCUGAGCCCAGACGGAGGCCUGCUGCUGGCCAUUGAUGAGGACGGGCGGUCCCUUCUCAUCAACAGGCGCCGCCGCGUUCUCCUACACCACUUCUCAUUCAAGGGCCCGGUGGCAGCAGCCUGCUUCAGCCCUGACGGGCAGUACGUUGCCUGUGCCAUCUGGCGCACACCAGGCUACACAAAGACGACAGCGCCCAUGCAGCUUCACCGGACGUACGGCGGCUGCGCAGCAGACAUCACUUCGCUGGACUGGAGCGAGGACAGCGAGUGGAUUGCAGUGGCCUCCAAAGACCUCUCCGCGAGGGUUUUCUCACUGCAUCCCAUCGAGGGGUACAGGCCGCCAAUGCUGAGCGGGCACAAGGACAUGCUGGUGGGGGUCUUCUUUGUGGGAGCCGCCGCCGCCUCAGCAGCCGAGCUGGAGGGCACAGUUGCCCCCCACCUGCUCACGGUGUCCAGGGACGGCGCCCUGUUUGCCUGGCAAUUCCACAGCGACCAGCCCUCGGCCCCUCCGCAGCCCAGCGAAGCAGGCGCCAAUGGGCAGAGCGACUGGCCCUCCCAGGGGGAUGACAGGCCGCCCAAGCGGCAGAGGGCGGCAACGGCCGGCAGCACAAACUAUGCAGAGGGAAGGUGGCAGCUUGCGGAGAAGCAUUUCUUCAACCAGCGCGGAGCCCGGCUGACGGCGUUGGACUACCACAAGCCAAGCAGGAUCAUGGUCGUCGCCUUCAGCAGCGGAAUCUUUGACAUAUAUCAGCUGCCGGCGUUUGAGAACGUGCACAUGCUGAGCGUGUCCCGGGAGGCAAUCACUGCGGUGACAAUCAGUCCUCGGGGGGACUGGGUGGCUCUGGGCUGCGCUGCGUUGGGACAGCUGCUGGUGUGGGAGUGGCGCAGCGAGUCAUACGUGCUCAAGCAGCAGGGGCAUCACUACGAUGUCUCUGCGCUCGCGUUCUCGCCCGACGGCGCCUACAUUGCCACAGGCGCCGAUGACAACAAGGUGAAGCUGUGGACGGUGUCGAGCGGCUUCUGUUUUGUGACAUUUGCGGAGCAUACAGCGCCAGUGACGGCGGUGGCGUUUCUGCCGACGUCGUCCGCAGCGGUGAGCGCGAGCAUGGACGGCACGGUGCGCGCGUGGGACCUGCUGCGCUACCGCAACUUCCGCACCAUGACCUCGCCCACCCCCGUCCAAUUCGCCUCCCUCGCCGUCGACCCCGCCGGAGAGGUGGUGUGCGCAGGGUCGCUGGACACGUUCCAGAUAUUUGUGUGGUCGGUGAAGACGGCGCGGCUGCUGGAUGUGCUGGCAGCGCACGAGGGCCCCGUCGUGGCGCUGGCCUUCUCCCCCACGCAACCCCUGCUGGCAUCCGCCUCCUGGGACAAGACUGUGCGCACCUGGGACGUCUUCAGUGGGAAAGGGGGUGUGGAGGUGCUGCAGCACACGCAUGAUGUCCUGGCGGUGGCCUGGGCCCCCAGCGGCAAGCUGCUGGCCUCCGCCACGCUCGAUGGCCAGAUCUACUUCUGGGACCCCCUCGAAGCCCAGCUGCUGGGCACCAUUGAGGGUCGGCGCGACAUAGCAGGAGGGCGGCUGCAGUCGGAUCGGCGAGCGGCCGGCAACCGCAGCUCAGGCCAGUGCUUCACCUCCCUCGCCUUCUCCGCGGACGGCUCCAUGCUGCUCGCUGCAGGCGCCUCAAAGUUUGUGUGCCUGUAUGACGUGGAGGAGAAGGUGCUGCUGCGGCGGGUGCAGAUAAGCGCAAACCGCAGCCUGGACGGCGUCCUGGACCAGCUCAACUCGCGCCACCUCACCGACGCCGGCCCCGCCCAGCUCCUCGACGACGCCCCUGACGACGAGGACCUCCUCCUGCCGCCCACCACCGCAGGGGGCCCGGCAGGGGAAGAGGAUCUGCCCGGGACGGGCGGCAAGCGGCGGCCGGCGGUGCGGUCGCGCGCGGUAGCUCUGUCGCCCACGGGGCGCUGCUGGGCGGCAGCCACCACGGACGGCCUGCUGCUGUACUCGCUCGAUCCGGCCGCCAUGUUUGACCCCACCGACCUCGCGGAUGACGUCACCCCGCAGGCGGCGCGGCGGGCGAUGAGGGAGGGCGCCUGGCUGCGGGCACUGCUGGUGACGCUGCGGCUGAAGGAUGCUCAGCUCCUGCGCCAGGUCAUCCUCGGCACACCGCCCGAAGAGGUUGACAUGAUUGCCGGGUCUGUGCCGGCGGCUGCAUUGACGGACGUGCUGGCGGCUUUGGCUGACUACAUGACAGAUUCCCCCCACCUGGAGUUCCUCCUUAAGUGGGUCCGCUCGCUGUGUCUCCGGCAUGGCACAACACUUCAGGCCAUGCCAGCCUCCAGGACGAUGCCAGUCUUCCGAGCGCUGCAGCAGGCUGUGACCAAGUCCCAUGAGGACCUAGCCAGUGCCUGUGACACAAACUUGUACACCUUGCGCUACCUGUGUGCGGCUAGCAAACCCGCACUCCAGGCGCCGCAAAGACAGCUUGAGAAGGCAGGUUGA